UCUACCGAUUGACGACGACGGGCGGCCGGGCACAAGGGGCCGAGGUCACCGGAUUGAACGUCAACCAAACUCCCUUGGCUCCGCUCACUUACAACACAUCUUGAUUAGUGAUCACAGGGUGCAUUAGGUGAGUUUCGCAUUUUCAUCCUGGAAGGAACCCCUAUUCGACCGAACCACCAUCUUUUCUCCAUCUCGCAACAUCCCGUCGUCAUCUCCGUUAUCGCAGUUAUCGCCGCUAUGCCGCCCUCUCUCAUCCCGCGCUGGCACCUCGCCUCGGCCUCCCGACAACUCACCAAGUCAGCUCUUCGUCCAUCCACCACCACCACCACCACUCAGUCAUUUUCAACCUCAAUUAUCCGCCCAAGCGUCCACCACCCCUCCCCAAUCACGGACCUAGACAAGCAAAUCCCCAAGCCCCCACCCAAGAAAUGGAUCACCGACCUCCCCGCCCGCCUGGGGAAAUGCAUCAUCUUCGGCUGUUCGCCCAAACAAAUCCAAGAUGCGUCGGUGAUCUUGAAAGCUUUGGCUACGGAAUGGCGGGAGUUGUUGGCUGGUAGCGAAGGGUUUCUCACGGGUGGAAGGAGGGGACUGGAUGGGCGGGAGGUGGUGUGGGGGGAGAUGGAUAGUUUCGGCCAUGUCAACAACGUCAACUACUACCGCUACGCCGAGUCUGCACGAGUCAACUGGAUCACCAACUUCUCUGUGCACGUCGACCCGGCUCACCGGCAAGAGUGGGCGGAACUGAUGCAGCCAAAGGCCAUUGGUUUGAUCAUGAAGUCCCUGAAGUGUGACUUCAAAUUCCCAAUGGUCUACCCCGACCGCAUCUCCGUCUACCACCGCCUCUCCUCCCCACCCCAACAGGGUGUAACCAGCUUCUUCCUCGACUGCAUCGUCCUCUCGCACCAACACCGCCGCGCUGCCGCGCGGCUGGAAGAAGACGUCGUCAUCUACGACUACCGCAAGGCAGGCAAGACGGCCAUGCCGGAGUUCAUGCUGAACCAGUUCGAGAAAACCUGGAAGUUGCAGCAGGAGGAGACGAUUAGAGCCCGCAAGAGGAUAUGGGAGUUGAUUGGGGGCGUGGAGAGGUUGGAGAGGGAGACGUGGGAUCGAGAGGAUGCGAAGGAGGAUUUGGGGAGUGCUGUUAAGGGGUUGCCGUCUUGAGUGGGUUGAGGGAUGACUGGAGCGAGGGACUGGGAUGUUGAAAGGGAGAUGGGGUUGGCUGGAGAAGGGGUUUGGAUAGCAGGUAAGUGAACAAACAGUAUUCAUGGAUUGGCGAAAAGGAUAUGCUGACAAUGGACACGGAAAAAAAUAGAUAGUAAUAGAAACACUUGACAGCCGAAAUUUUGGUGUUAAAUGGACUGUUUGAUGCCAGCAGGUGAGCUGCUAAGAAGAGAAGGCUAAGUAGUAUCGCGUUACUUCCAAGUUUAACAACUUUGCGCCUCUCAUUAGCCAUCCGCGAUAUCGUGGACCCAGUGUAAGGAUGGUUGGGCAAAUAGUGGAGAGUAUUCGU